AUGGACCAGACAGUGAUCGUACCGUCGAUACCGCGCUGCACCGCCGUGGACAACGCGAGGAUCGCGAUGAAGAACGAGUCGGACGCCAGCCUGCACCUGCAGGACCAGUCCGCCGUCGGGCAUCCGAACUCGGCCACCAUCGUGCCCCGUUCGAGCCUGUCGAUCGCCAGCAGCCUGGGCCAGGAUCAGAGCCUGGACUCGUUGAUGUGCAACCCGACGAGCACGGAGAUGCCGAGGAAGCCUGGCGCUCGACGACAGGAGAAACCGCCGUACUCGUACAUAGCUCUGAUCGUGAUGGCGAUACAGUCGAGCCCCGGGAAGAGGCUGACCCUCUCGGAGAUAUACUCGUUCCUGCAGCAACGUUUCCCGUUCUUCCGGGGCGCCUACCAGGGCUGGAAGAACUCCGUGCGCCACAAUCUGAGCUUGAACGAGUGCUUCAUCAAGCUACCGAAGGGUCUGGGUAGACCCGGCAAGGGCCACUACUGGACGAUCGACCCGUCCACGGAGUACAUGUUCGAGGAGGGCAGUUUUCGUCGUCGUCCCCGGGGCUUUCGUCGCAAAUGCCAGCCCCUCAAGCCCCAGUAUCCUCAAUAUUUCUCUGGUAGCGGCCCCGUCAGUGUCCAGGCGGCUGGUUACGAGAACCUGGCGCCCGGUGGUAUGGAGUACGCGAACGGAUACCAGAACCAGUACCAGAAUUACCAGGACUACGCGAUGUACGGCCCCGGGGCCGCCGUGUCCGCGGACUGGGCCUACCCGGAGGCCACGUACAAGACGCCGCCCAUCGCGGAGGUGACGUACAAGACCACGGAGGUGACGUACAAGACCGGUGAACCGUCGGUGUAUCGUAACGGGGAGAUCGUCGCGUUCAAGAGCGAGCCCGGUUACUCGGCCAGGAACCAAGAUCAGCUGACCUACAGGCCCACCGAGGGCUUCUCCGUCAAGGAUCAUCAGCAACAUCAUCCGGAUACGGUUUACAAGGACAACGAGGCUAUGAUGAACUACAAGUGCCAGUCGAACUCGACGCCUGCCGCGCAGACACCUGGGCAGGACUAUUACGUGGGUUACGGUCUACCGGGGGUCAACAAUACCGGCGCCAACGCGAACGUUUCCAUGCAGGGGAUCCCCGAACAGACCGGCAACAGUAGCCCCGUAGGAAACGUUAGUUCGCCGCACAGCAGUUGCCAGACACCUGUAACGGACACUGGAAUAAAGAUGCCGUGCUCGAACUCGAACUCGAACAGCUCCGGUGGUGGGCUGAUAGACCGUAAGCCGUCCUACUUCGGCCAUCCCGCUGGAUCCGUCACCCUGAGCUCGUUAGGCUCCCUAGGCUCGCUGAACCUGAGCAACAUCGGCGGUCUGAGUAUAUCGAACAUACCAGGCGCGGUUUCCUCGAACAUUCAUCACACGGCGACGACGACGCCGUCGUCGACGAUGUAUUACGAUCAGAUCAAGUACAGUAUGUGA